ACAGCUCAAUUUCCGUGCUCGUGACGUUUGAAAUGUCAAUCAUUUGUAGCUCUCUUUCCGGUUGCCAACUUUCGCUUGGAAGGUUGUUUUCGGUAUCAUCAAAAAGUAUUUUUUGAUCAAGGUGUAAACGAACAGUCAGCCAAGAUGGCCAAGUCCAAGAAUCAUACCAAUCACAACCAGAACCAAAAGGCACAUAAGAACGGUAUCAAGAAGCCCAAGCGCAAGCGUCAUGAGUCGAAGCGUGGUAUGUGCCAGAAGUUCCUGCGCAAUCUUCGAUUCUCGAAGAAGGGUAACGUUUCGCACGAGGAAUCGCUGAAGCGCGCCGAGGAACGCAAGGCCAAGUACGCUGGUCAGCCCGCUCCCGUGAAGCUGUAGAAAGUAUGGCAAGAAGUGU